AGACCUGCGCAUGCGCUGAGAGCGCGCAGGCGUUGGCAUUGGCCACCCCGGCGGUUAGUUGAACUCGGUCUCUGAACAGGUCGGUAGACAUCAGGCUUACUCGUAUGCCAGACCUGUCCAGAGACCGCAGGCCGUGAGAAGCUGAGGACUCAGGCCACCAAUGGCUGAUAAGGCAUCAUCUGCACCCGGGGAAGGUAAUCAGCCCAGCGAUGAAGUGGGCACAAGGAAGGGGUGCCGCCGCUACCGGUGGGAACUCAAAGACAGCAAUAAAGAGUUCUGGGUCCUUUGGCACGGCUUGGUCAAGUUCCUGAGUUUGGGCUGCAUGAUUACAGCACAGCUCCUGUUCCAGUCAGUCCCCAAGGUGCACCCCUUCUUGGCGCUCAUCCUCACCAUGGAGAUAUCCAUCUUGUGCUUCUUAAUUAUCCUGUACACCUUUGCCAUCCAAAGAUACUUGCCCUUCAUCCUGUGGCCUGUUACUGAUCUUCUCAAUGACUUGGUUGCUUGUGCGUUCCUUGGAGGAGGUGCAUAUUUUGCUGUGGAGAAGCAACCAAACAUGCCACUAAACUACCUACUUGCUGUGAUCUUUAUGGGUUUGGCUGCAGUUUUUUAUUUAAUUGAUGCAUGUCUUCAAAGAAAACACUUCAAAGGCAAGAAGCUCAGAAAGAACAUGAUGGCCCCUCCAGCAAAGGGAGACGAUGGAGCAGGCAAGGGAAAGGGAAAGAAGUAACUCGAAGGCAACUCCUGUUGUCAGAAGUGGCAGUGUAUUUUACAAUAAAACAUUUCCACUGUCUUC